AUGUGGACACAGUUAAGGCAGCUGGCAUUUUAUGAGCUGACUCUGGGGGCUGUUCGGGGGAGGGGGAACUGGGAGCAGGCAGUUCACUUUCACUCCCCACCUCCCAGGGCCUGGAAGAAAAUCUUCUGGCAGCUGAUCCUACUUGCACUUGGCAUCUUAGGGCUGCUCCUGUUCGGGCUUCCUGUACUCAGGCAUCUGGAAGUCCUCAUCCCUAUGGGUGUCUGCCCUCUGGCCAGAACGCCCCUGCCGAGAGACAACUUCACGGGUCCCCUGCAUCCUGGGGCCCGGCCUGAGGUCCUAACCUGUACUUCCUGGGGGGCUCCCAUUAUUUGGGAUGGCACCUUCGACCCAGAUGUGGCCCAGCAAGAGGCUGUACAGCGGAACCUCACCGUGGGUCUGACUGUCUUUGCUGUAGGCAGGUACCUGGAGAAGUACCUGGAGCGCUUCCUGCAGACGGCCGAGCAGCACUUCAUGGUGGGCCAGCGCGUGAUAUACUACGUGUUCACCGAGCGUCCGGCCGCGGUACUCUGCGUGCCGCUGGGCCCGGGCCGCCGGCUGCGCGUGGAGCGCGUGGCACGCGAGCGCCGCUGGCAGGACGUGUCCAUGGCGCGCAUGCGCGCGCUGCACGCGGUGCUGGGCGGCCGCCUGGGCCGCGAGGCGCGCUUUGUGCUCUGCAUGGACGUGGACCAGCACUUCAGCGGCACCUUCGGACCUGAGGCGCUGGCCGAGUCGGUGGCGCAGCUGCACGCCUGGCACUACCGCUGGCCUCGGCGGCUGCUGCCCUUCGAGCGCGACGUGCGCUCGGCCGCCGCCCUGGGCCCCGGGGAGGGCGACUUCUACUACCACGCGGCCGUGUUCGGGGGCAGCGUGGCGGCCCUGCGGCGGCUGACGGCGCACUGCGCGCGGGCCCUUCGGCGGGACCGCGCGCGCGGCCUGGAGGCGCUCUGGCACGACGAGAGCCACCUCAACAAGUUCUUCUGGCUGCACAAGCCCGCCAAGCUGCUGUCGCCCGAGUUCUGCUGGAGCCCCGACAUAGGCCGCCGGGCCGAGAUCCGCCGCCCGCGCUUGCUCUGGGCGCCCAAGGAGUAUGCCUUGCUGCGUGGCUAGCGGGGCACUGGGCCCCGGAGGUCCCAGACGCUGGCGGGGCCCCUUCUGGAAGCGGAGUGGCGCUGGAGGGGACGGAAAGACUGCAUGAAAACCUGCCUGGCUGCGGAGAUGGGGGACAGGGGGCUGGA